AUGGCAAUCCAAGGCUCUAACGUAUCACAGCGUCGUACUACGAUGGUAGGAGACAGUGAUCAACAUGUCACGGGCCAUACUACUUUUGGUUCUACUCUCUGCCCAGAAAAUGUAUCUGUUAGUUCAUUCAGUGGGGAAAUAUUUGAUGCUUGUCGCAACGGGGAUGUUAAUCUUGUAAAAUGCCUUAUUGAGACUGGGAUUAAUGUCAAUCUCAAUGAUACUUCGGGUCGGAAGUCCACACCUCUACACUUUGCUGCUGGAUAUGGUCGUCGAGAAGUCGUCAGUCUUCUUUUAGAGCAUAACGCAGAUGUUUCUGCAAGGGAUGAAGGAGGUUUAAUUCCUCUACACAAUGCUUGUUCAUUUGGUCAUGUUGAAGUAGUACAUCUGUUGUUAUCGGCUGGUUCUGAUCCAAAUGCCGAAGAUUGUUGGAACUACACACCACUGCAUGAAGCUGCAAUAAAGGGAAAAGUAGAAGUUUGUAUCUUGUUACUGCAGGCCAAAGCCAAUCCCCAUGCUCGGAAUUUUGAUGGGAAAAGUCCUAUUGACUUAGCUGAAGGUUCAGCACGUUUAGCCUUAUUAGGUGAAUAUCGAAAGGAUGAACUACUGGAAGCUGCUCGGAGUGGCAACGAAGAAAAACUCAUCAGCUUAUUAACUCCACAAAACGUGAAUUGCCAUGCUGGAGAUGGCCGUAAGUCGACGCCCUUGCAUUUAGCUGCAGGCUACAACCGUACAAAGAUUGUAAAAAUCUUAUUGAAGAAUGGAGCUGAUGUUAUCGCGAAGGAUAAAGGUGGUCUUAUUCCUUUGCACAAUGCUUGUUCUUAUGGUCAUUUGGAUGUUUGUGAAUUGUUAAUUGGCGCUGGUUGUGGUUCAGCUCAAGUACAUGCUGCAGACUUAUGGCAGUACACACCAUUACAUGAAGCAGCUAGUAAAGCACGCGCUGAAGUAUGUUUCCUUCUCUUGGCUUAUGGUGCAAAUCCAACCCAACCAAAUUGUCAUGGCAAAUCUGCAUUAGACUUAGUACCGAAUAAUGAUUUAAGGCAAAGAUUACUUUUUGAAUAUCGUGGUUAUCUUUUUCUUGAAGCCUGCCAAAAUGUAGAUAUUUGUCAAAUCCGAAAAUUGCUCACCUUACCUUCUGAUAUUGUUACGAACAAUACUUAUUCUCUCGCAUCAUCAUUUCCAGUCCACUUCAGUGUUUCUUCUAGCCUGUGUACUUCCAGUCAUAACGGAAAACCUGUACAGCAAAAACAGUGCAAUAUACCUACAGCACCUUUCCAAAAUCAACAUCAGGAAACUAUUCUGCCUAUGCCCAUUCAAGUAAACCAUGACCUACUUCACUUCCGACAUCCAUUUAUUGGUAAUACUGCUCUACAUACUGCAUGUUGCGCAACUAACUCAGGAGAACGAAAUGCUACAAGAACAUUUUCUUUCAGUCCGGGAUCUUACCCAGUUUUUAACUCAGCAGAAAACAAGCAGUUUGUUCCCCAUACUCAGUACACUGCAGAUACAACAGUUGACACAGCCAAUCGUAAUGUUUCACCAGUUUUGGGUAGACAGUUGAUUGAAUGGUUAAUUGAUCAAGGCCUUGGAGUUUCAGAUUGCAAUGUUGAAGGUCAAACUCCCCUCCACUUGGCUGCUCGUUAUGGAUACGUGGAAGCGGCUGCCUGUCUGUUACGACGUGGAGCGGAACCGAAUGUUGCAGACUGGCAUGGUUUUACACCGUUACACUUGGCUGCUAAAUAUGGACAUUCUCACAUAAUACAGCUUCUGGUCCAAGGCUUCGGUGCAGACUUAAAUUGUGCUACUAUACCAGGUGGUCAUACUGCUGCUUCACUAGCAUCCACUGAGGGUGUUCGCCGGGUCAUCGCUGAUCUAAGUAUUAAUCCAAUAAAUAGUUCUAUAAAUUCUCAAAAAUCACCUGAGAAGCAUACUAAUGACCCUCCGAUCUAUACAUCUCUUCUAGAUAUGAGUGUAGAAAAAGUUCAAGACACAAGUGCUUGCAGUCAGCAGCCAGUUUGUUCUACAUCCCAUUCAUUGGACAAUUCAAAUGCAUAUUAUGAUGUCCAGUUUCCUCAGACACCUACUGUCAACAACAACAACAACAGUAAUAGCAAUAUUCCAGCUACUAGUCGUAGUGUCACUACUCUUCCAGCUUCAGACACUGACUACACUCCUAAUCCUGGAAGCCAAAGCUGGGCAGAUAUAGUACUGCAGUUGUUAGAAGCAGCUAAGUCAGGUGAUGUAGAGAUGGUCCGUCGUCUCAUCACUACACACCAUUACUCUGUUUGUCCAGAUGGUGCUGCAAAUGAAUUAUGUAAUGAGUCAUCGGAGUCAUGCUCAGUUCCUGCACCUUUCGAUUUAAUAAAUUGUCGUGAUAUAGAUGGUCGACAUUCAACACCUCUUCAUUUCGCUGCUGGUUAUAACAGAUUAGCUAUAGUAGAAUUGCUUCUACAGUAUAAAGCUGAUGUUCAUGCUAAAGACAAGGGGGGUUUAGUGCCUUUGCACAAUGCUUGUUCUUAUGGCCACGCUAAAGUUGCUGAACUCCUUAUUCAACAUGGAGCAAAUGUGAAUGUUACAGAUCUCUGGCGAUUCACUCCUUUACAUGAAGCAGCAGCCAAAGGUAAAUUUGAAAUUUGCCGGCUGUUACUCAAACAUGGUGCUGAUCCGUUGAAAAAGAACCGUGAUGGUCAUACUCCUAUUGAUCUAGUUAAGGAUACAGAAAGUGAUGUUUACGACCUUUUGCGUGGUGAUAUCGCUGUCUUAGAAGCAGCAAAGAAAGGAAACUUAGCUAAAAUAAAACGUUUAGUGACUUCAGAAAAUAUCAACUGUCGUGAUACGCAGGGAAGAAAUUCAACUCCUCUUCAUCUGGCUGCAGGUUAUAACAAUGUUGAGGUUUUGGAAUUCCUACUCGAAGCAGGUGCUGAUGUAAACGCCAAGGAUAAAGGUGGUCUAAUUCCUUUACACAAUGCCAGUUCAUAUGGUCAUGUCGAUGUGGCUGCACUUCUAAUUCGUUAUGGAACUUCUGUAAAUGCUGUAGAUAAAUGGGGUUAUACUCCAUUGCAUGAAGCUGCUCAAAAAGGACGAACUCAGUUAUGUGCACUUUUAUUAGCUCAUGGAGCAGAUCCAAAAAUAAGAAAUCAAGAAAAUCAAACACCUUUUGAUCUAGCAUCAGCUGAUGAUGUAAAAUCUUUGCUUCUGGAUGUGAUGCUUCAUACAACUGCCUGUAUUACAACGGUCUCAAAAGAAAAUCUCGUCUCAUCCUCAUCAGCUUCUUCUGCUCUCAUAAAUACCUUUCCCAGUGGAAAUCUAGAUUUGGCCUUACCUCAAAAAACACCAUUCUCUAACUUAUUGCCAUGUUUGCCGGUCGGUCCACGAAUAGAGUGUCAAGGUCGUGAGUCAUGUGUACCUGCACCGGCUGUCUCUACUGCAAAUCCUGUAAAUUCAGUUUAUCCGUCAAAUAUGACUUUGGCUAGAUCAAGUAAUUCUAGCUCAUCAUCUUCUUCUGCUGCUUAUGCGAAGUUAUCAACUGCCAAUUUCCUCAUAUCGCUUGGUUUAGGACAGUUAGUGGAGUUAUUUGAAAAAGAAUUGGUAACAAUGGAUAUACUUCUCGAAAUGGGACACGAAGAACUAAAAGAACUUGGUGUUACUGUUUAUGGACAUCGUCAUAAAAUAAUCAAAGGUGUACAAAGAUGGAGAUCAAACUGUAUUUCCCAGCAGUCUACAGAUUUACCCAGCGAUACUGGCAAAUCAUCUGUAUCUCUAUCAACUACUCCAGUUUCUCCUACUUCUUCCUCGUCGUCGUCUUCUCCUUCUUCAAAUCCUAAUGUGAUCACAACACACUUUCAUGGUGUCGGAGUUGCUGAAGCUACUCCAAGUGGACCUGCUUACUUUCCUGCAGCAGCAACUCGUAAUACUGUGAUGAUAGAAAUAGAUAACACGGAUCCUGAGUUUCUUGCUGUUGAAGAACAGAUUCAAAGUACUAUAAGAGAACAUAAAGACAAUUGUGGAGGUAUUUAUAAACGUUAUCGUAUACUGAAAGUUGCUAGGAUAAGAAAUAAACGUCUAUGGGAUCGUUAUUUACACAGAUGUGCAGAGAUUGCUGAAGAUAAUUCUGGGCAUUAUAAUGAAAGAUUGUUAUUUCAUGGAUCACCAUUUUUACAGUCAAUUGUAAUGAAAGGAUUUGAUGAACGUUAUGCUUAUAUAGGUGGAAUGUUUGGUGCUGGUAUAUAUUUUGCAGAGAACUCAUCUAAAUCAAAUCAAUAUGUAUAUGGUAUUGGCGGAGGAGCAGGCUGUCCUACCCAUAAAUCUCGGUCAUGCUACAUUUGUCCUCGUCAACUGUUGCUAUGUCGUGUUGCUUUGGGACGAUCUUUCAUCCAGUUUAAUGCCAUGAAGGUAGCCCACGCACCUCCAGGACAUCAUUCAAUUGUAGGCCGGCCUAGUGCUGGUGGACUUAAUUUCUCCGAGUAUGUUAUAUACCGAGGUGAACAAGCCUAUCCUGAAUACCUCAUUACUUAUUUACUUGUUCCACCUGAUUCAAAUGACGACGAAAAUCUAACAGGUCAAAAUCCUUCAAGUCGUCCUGCUGAUAACGUAAAUACUACUCUUCUGACAACCAGUAAUACUGGUAAUACAACACCUAGUGUUGGAGCGCUUAUAAACUCUAUACCCUGCAAUACUGUGCCUUCUGGUUCUAGAAGUAUUGUAACAAGUGCCAGUGAUCUGUCUUCUGUACAGGUGUCAAUUCAAACCAUAAAAUUCUCUACUACUUCAAGCAGUGCUUCUAGUUCUUCAACCACAUAUUUGAUGUCGUGUGAUACUCAAUCGAAUAGUCCUUCUGUCACCACACCUUCUGCGCCAGGUGGGCCAAGUUGUCAUUUAAUUCCCUAA